ACCCGCACACAGGAGGCAGAGCCGCACCACUAUUCUAUACAUUAUACCCUGUUACACAGGAGAUAAAAUCAUUAAAACAAAACAAUAUAAGUGCCUGGAAAAGCAACGGGCUGUAAUUACGUGUUAACAGAGGAAAUAACGGAAAGUCAACGUACUAUUUAAAUACUUGCCAACUGAGCUGAGAGACUGAAGAUUAAACACAAAUCUGCGGUCUGUCGAGCAUUUCUUGCAUGGAGCCUGUUCAAUCAGAGAUGAGCGUUCUGGUCAAUGGAAAUGGUUUUGACCACGGGGAUGGCAUGAAUGUGCCGAUGAAAACACUGAUGGAGGAAGAACAAAAUGGCAUUCAAAACAGAUUUGAUGAUCCUGAUGGAACCCUGGCUGAGAAUGUGGAGUUCCUCCCCAGUGGUGAGGGCAAGAAGCCACGUUUCACUGAUUUUGAAGGGAAGACCUCUUUUGGCAUGUCUGUCUUUAAUCUUGGAAAUGCCAUCAUGGGCAGUGGAAUUUUAGGCUUGGCAUAUGCUAUGUCCAACACUGGCAUUCUACUAUUUUUGUUCCUUCUCACGGCUGUUGCUGUUCUUUCAUGUUACUCCAUUCACCUUAUGUUAAAAGCCUCCGGUGUUGUGGGAAUCAGAGCUUAUGAGCAGUUGGGGUUCCGGGCUUUUGGGACACCUGGUAAAAUGGCAGCUGGAAUUGCUAUCACACUGCAGAAUAUUGGAGCUAUGUCCAGCUACUUGUUCAUCGUCAAGUCCGAGUUUCCUUUGGUUAUCCAGGCCUUUAUGAAAGUAGACUCCAGCUCUGGAGAGUGGUAUCUGAAUGGCAACUACCUGGUGGUUUUGGUGUCCCUUUCUAUGAUUCUGCCUUUAGCCCUCAUGAAGCAGUUAGGUUACCUUGGUUAUACCAGUGGCUUUUCUCUCAGUUGCAUGGUCUUCUUUCUGUCUGCGGUAAUCUAUAAGAAAUUUUAUAUUCCCUGCCCUUUUGAGGAGUUCUCUGCAAAUAGCACAGCUGAUCACUUACUCUCAACUGCAUCAUCAUUGGUUGACAGCACCCAUAGUCACCAUGAUGUACAUGUGGUGGAUGAUUCCCACUGCGCUCCCCGCAUGUUCACAAUCAACUCUCAGACGGCAUACACUAUUCCUAUUCUGGCCUUUGCCUUUGUGUGUCACCCUGAAGUGCUGCCCAUCUACACUGAACUACGCGACCCCUCUCAGAGGAAAAUGCAGCACGUCUCCAACCUCUCCAUCCUCAUCAUGUACGUCAUGUACUUCCUCGCAGCCCUCUUUGGUUACCUGACCUUUUAUGGAAAAGUGGAGGCAGAGCUGCUGCACACCUACAGCAGGAUUGACCCAUAUGACACUCUGAUUCUCUGCGUGCGAUUGGCCGUGCUCACAGCUGUAACUCUGACCGUACCAAUCGUGCUGUUCCCAGUGCGCAGGGCCAUCCAGCAAAUGGUUUUCCCUGAUAAGAUAUUCAGCUGGCUCCGUCACAUUGCCAUCGCCGUCAUUCUCCUCACCUUAAUCAAUAUCCUUGUCAUCUUUGCUCCAAACAUCCUUGGCAUCUUUGGCAUCAUAGGUGCUACAUCUGCGCCCUGCCUCAUCUUCAUCUUCCCUGCUGUCUUUUACAUCCGCAUCGUCCCCAGAGAUGAUGAGCCAAUGUGCUCAACCCCCAAAAUCCUGGCAAUCUGUUUUGCUGGUCUUGGUGUGCUGUUUAUGAUCAUGAGUUUGAGUUUUAUCAUCAUCGACUGGACAACAGGGACUGGUGGUUCUGUUGGGGGCCACUAGAGGACAGUCUCAGAUCAAAGUGCAUUUGUACAGUAUGUGUGUGCGUGUGAGCAUGUAAUGGGUGUGUAACAGGCAGGAGUAAAUGUCAGGCUCAGUUAGGGCAUUUUGUAUAUUUUUGUUGUUUUUUAGUAUAGUAUAGGGCAGUGGUUCCCACACCAAGCCCAAGUUUCUUCUCUGUUUCGGCUUGAAGCAGGUGAUCAACAGAGCUCUAAUCUAAACUGAAUAUAGUAUCUAACCGUUGACCGGGUGAGAGUUUUUAAAUACUUGCUUUGGAAUUGCUGUAGAGGAUGAGAAUACAGAAUACUAUUUAAAGAAAUACAGUUAGAUGUUGUUAUUAGAAAUGUUUUUACCUAGUCAGGUACAUUGAAUUGCUGCUUUAGAAACAAAACUUUGCCAUAGCUCCUAACCUGGAGUUUACUAAUGCCUAGUUCACACUACAAAAUUUUUGCCCUGUUUUCGCUCGCUGACUGGUCGGCGCUAGAUUUGCCGGCUCGGGAGCAACUUGGCGUUUGCUCGGCGAUCGAAACUCGGCUCUUGCUAUGUGUGAACUACUCAACAACUCGAACUCACCGAGCACUCGGCGACUCGGCGAUGCGAUAUCUAGCAUGUCAAAUAUCUGGAUCCGAGUCUCACAACUGGCAAUGAGUGCUAUGUCGAACAGCCAAUGAGAACGCAAGAUACGGGGUGAGGGGAAACGCAAGGGAGGAGUUGUAAAAAGGUGGGACAGGGGCGUAAUAUAGUUUAUAUCAGAAGUUUUACAGUAUUUCUGACCUAUUUCUGACGUUCUCUACAAAACAUAACACCAACGUUGCAUUGCAAAAAAUAUUUAUUAACCUUCAACUCACUAUAGAACAAUCCCUGCUGUUCGCGUAGCCAAAUUCACUCAGAUUCAUUUAUUUUUUCUCCUUGAUUUUAUGCUGCACAUCAGCACACAAACUUUGAUCGCUCACUACUUGUUGACAUGCAUUUUUGGACGUAGUAUCAUGAAACCUUUCGUUACUUCUCGCUUGUGUUUUUGUGACAAAACGUAGUUUGGGAGACCAGAUAGACUCGUCUGAAAUGCCUCCUGAUGGUAGAUCGUGUAGUGUGUGACUCUCUAUCGCCGAUCAGUCGUGUAGUGUGAAAGCCACACCGACUUGAAAGGCUCCUGAUUACAAGAGAUCCAGUUGUGUAGUGUGAACUGCACAGCGACCUGACGACUUGGAAAGUCGUGUGGUGUGAACUUGGCAUAAGCUUUUACAAAAUGUGGCAUCAGCCUCUGAUAAUUCAGAAAUUAUAUUUGAUAUUGUUAACUGUCUGAGUGAAACACUCUUCUGCAUCCAGCCCAAAGAUCUUCAGCUUUUUACAGUUUAUAUACAACUAGAUUAAUAGAAAACAGCCAUAUCCUGGUAUAUGGUGUUAUACAUGGUACAGUAGGAGCAUAACAAUGCAAUUUCCAUUUGUUUAAAUCAUAAGUAAGGUUCAGUAGAAAGAAGUAAAUUAAGGGGAUCGUGGACAAAUUCAAAGUUACAUGCAGUAUACCCUGCAGCUUUAGCAUACUCAAAUGCUACUGUCCAGAUCUCAAGUCUUUUCUAAGUAAACAUUAAAGCAACGGAUGCAAUAAUGAAUAUGUGUAUACAGGGUGAGUCAAAAUGAUGUUAACAUUUAAAUGGCGGAAACCAUUUAUUCACAAAACAUACUUCAUAUAUGUAAGAUGAUUUACAGGACAGUCUCAACCUGUUCACCAUCAUGUUCAACACACAAAAACCAGGGAGCAACAGAACCAUUUAAAGCCAGGACACACAUUUUGCAGGAAAUAGAUCCAUUAGUGUUAACAUCAUUUUGACUCACCCUGUAUAAACCCAUAUUAGCUGCUGUUACAGAAAUAAUCCUGUAGGGCUCAAGUUGUGUCUAAUAUAUCACAUUGCAACUUGAAGUAUUUCUGAAAGAGGUAUUAAUGUUUCCUCUGUAUCUGCAAAGUGCACAACCAGGACUGACACUGUUCACAUACAAAUAAGAAGUAUUUAUUACAAUGUAUGAUUUUUCAAAAUCACUAGAUGACAUUUUAAAGCACACAAAUGUGUCAUGUAUUUAUCAGAACACCGUAUUCAGUAUUCAAACAAUAUCAGUCAUUUAUAACAUAUUUAUUAAAAUACUUAAUGACUAAAUCUGUGAAUAGCAGCCGUAAAGCCAUACCAGAGAUAAUCUACCUAGAGACGGGUCACAGGUUGAAAUACAUGUCUAAACAGAUGAUUAUACUAGAGUCCUAGUUUUCAAAUAGAAGUCCAUAAAAAUCCAGUUCUUAUCAUCAUAUAUUUAUAUUUUACCUCCAGGUUAGAUUCUAUCUUGACAUUUAUGAACUAAUUAAUGGGAACCGAACUGUAAGAGCUAGAGGAACCACACAUAUUUAUAUGAUUAUAAAUCUAAAUAAGGGUCCGAUUGGUGCAACAAAAAAAUUUCUCCUGUUAUCCAUUGAUUGUAUGUUUAAAACCAUUAACGUUUGGGACAACAAGUUAAGAGACUAAAACAAACUUCCAGCUACAUUUAUUGGUGAUUGCAUAUUUUAUAGCAAGUAUAACACUAUUUAACAUACCUUUCACAACAAAGAAAAUAUUCAACUGUUUUUUAUUAUAAUCAUUAUUUACUAUAAAAAGAAUACCAUUAUAUAGAAAUGAUUGGGUUCUGUGUUAAGCGUCUCUUUAUGAAAUCAUUAACAGCAUACUAGCUUAUUGAGUGCAGUUACUCAGUAGUUAUGGUCAAUAAUAUUUUAAACUAUUUAUAGCAUGUAGAAUAACUACAUUAAGCCAUGCUAAGCUUUUUUUUUACCUACAGUAGUCGUUUAGAAUACCUCACAAAAAAUGCACUUAUACUUUUUCCUACAUACCUUUAUGUAUGAUGAACAGCUAAAAACCUACCGCUCUGAUAAACCAUAAAGCGCCGGCUUAUCUGACAUUAAUUUUGGGCUCUUUUUGGACAUGUCUUAGAAAACAACUUUCUGGAAUUAGUGGCCGACCCAGUUAUUGAGUGGAAAUUGGCAAUAAAAAUUGGGAAGACAAAAAGUUUGAAAAUAAGCCAAUGAAUGUCUUCCUUAAAAGUAUAUACACUAAGAACAAUACAUUUCUUUAGGAUACAGUUUAGAUAUAUCAUUGAAUAUCCAUUUGGGACAUUGUAAAGAUUGAUUCCAUGUGGCCUUUUUUGCUUAGAUUAUCUCUGGCUAUAAACAUGAAUAUAAUAACAACUUAGAAGUGAAGGAUUCAUGAAUUAUGUUGUUGUUUGUUUGCUUUUAAGCAACACUCAUUUAUUGGACAUUUUUGUUUGGAAAAUUCUCUCAACCUUCAUCUUUUUUAUUCAAAUGUACUGUCGUUCAACUGUUAUUCAGCUGUAAAAGUUUUUCACCCAUUUUAUUUUCAUUAACUGCUUUAUCUUGGUCAGAGUCUUGGUGGAUUUGGUUUCACCGGUAAACACUAGGCACAAGGCAGGAAUACCAGAUUCGAUGUAACCAAGUAGAUUAGCUGUGCCACCUGAGCCCCUAAUAACAUAUUCUCAGAACACAAGAUGAUUUCAGUAAUGAUAUCUGUUCUUACAAACACAGCUUUCAGUGAUUACAUCUAUUCCUACAAACACAGCUUUCAGUUAUUACAUCUGUCCCUACAAACACAGCUUAUUAUUCUAACAAGAAUGAGGUAUAAACCAACUUGCAUUAUUAUGGUGCUCUGUCCAGGGUUUUCCUGCCUUGCACCCGGUGAUUCUUGGUGGAACUGGACCCACUGGGACCUAAACCAGGAUUAAAUGGUUAAUAAAAAUAAAAUUAAAUUGAGAAAAAUAUAAAAAUAGAACUGGAAUAUUAUGUUAUUAAAUCAUUUAAAUCAUAAGUAGAACAAGUUUUAACACUUUCUCCUUUUUAGACAGUGCAACUGCUCAAAACUAUUACAAGUUUUUCAAUACAAACAUCCAAUAAAAGCAAAGGUUUCUAACAAACACCUUCAUCACAACACUUUACCAUUAGAACAGUUAUUAUGCGCCAAAGUGUAAGUAUUGUUUUCUUUUUAUUUAAACUACUUUAAUAUUUAGAAAGAAUAUAUGAUUGAUACUUUAUUUUAAAUAGUUAAUUGAUUUUAAUUUAUACUCUUCAUAUUACAAUGUUUGUUACUUCACUACAGCUUACAAGAGGCUCUAUUAAAUUGGGUUUUUUCUUAAGAAAUGACAAUAAAUCAUGUAACUUUUACAUACAAAACUGCACAUACUGUGGUCUUUACAUUCAAUACAUUCUUCUAAAUUAUUCUAGCAUAAUGUUAGAUUCACAUGAUAUAAAUAAUCCUUUUCAGCAGCUUUCAAAAGCAGCUUUCAAUUUUUUUUCAAAAUGUAUAAUUUUCAAUCUUUUAUGAAACAGUCGUUAUAUUUUUUAUAAAGUUUUGCUUUUUAUAGUAGUGUUCACAGUUGAAGUUCACAGUUAUUUGCAUGUUCAUGUUUGCAUUUGAAAUCUUUUAAUGUCUCAAAUCUAAUGUCUUUCAUGUUCUCGUGUACGUUUCUAAAAAAAUCUGAUUUUUAAGUGGGCUAAAAAUGAUGAUGAGGAUGAUUAUUAUGAUAUUUAUUAUGGGUAUUACAAACAAGAACAAAUUAGAAUUGGUUUACAUUGUUUAUGCUUUGGUAGUUCACUAAUUAUUUUAUUAAAUAAUGUUGCCUUAGUUAAAUCAUGAGAAAAUUGAAUUGUUAACUUGAGUAAUGAGUGGCCUUUAUCAACAAAAGGAUUAACUGCUCAGUGAUUUUUUUUUUUUACUUUUAUUACAUAAUGUUAUUAUGCAGUGCAUUAAAUCAAUAACUUAAAUACUGACUUUUAAAAAAUUAGUUAGUAAUCAGUGAAAAUGUACUAUACUAAGCCUAUGUUUCUGCUAAUACGUUUUUAUUAUUCAACAUUUGUUGUGUCAAACUACCCCACUACACAAAUACUACAUUGUUCUUUAUGUUCAGUUAUAAAUAAUUGUUUACCAGAUUGUGUCCACACGUCACAUACAUAAAUAAUGUACAUACUGUUUGUGUUGACCUGUCAUACCUGUUUUCCAUAUUUAGUUUGUAUAGUGUAAAUAGCAAAAGUGAUUUUAGUUUGACAAUAAAAAUGAUAGUUGUUUUAA